AUGUCUCAGGUAUGGUUUGGAGAAGACCUGCCUCUAAGUCCACGAAGUCCUCUGACUCCCAGACACGGGCCAGGACUGGCUAAUGUGUGUCAGUAUGAUGAGUGGAUAACUGUCAGGCAUGCAGCCACUCUGUUGCCCAUGCAGGAAGAUCUGUCAAUCUGGUUAUCUGGUUUAUUAGGCAUUGAAGUUAAGGCAGAAAGAUUAUUGGAAGAACUUGAUAAUGGAGUACUGUUAUGCCAACUGAUUAAGGUUCUUCAAAACAUGGUGAAAACAUGCAACUCUGAAGAACCAGAGAAUUUUCCAAUGGGAAAAGUGCCCUGUAAGAAGGAUGCUGCAUCAGGUUCAUUCUUUGCCCGAGACAAUACUGCAAACUUCCUUCACUGGUGUAGGCACAUUGGGGUCGAUGAAACUUAUCUCUUUGAAUCUGAAGGUUUAGUUAACAUGUUUCAGAAACAAAAUUCAAAACCUGGCACGCCGGUUGGUAUUACAAGGGGCAAAGAAAAACAGGCACGUCAACCAGGUGUAUUGCCACCUUCAUCUUCACCGAAAGGAGGUAAUUUGGGCUCAGUGUCAGUCCGCUCUAAAUUUCCAAAUUCUCUAGCAGCAUCUUCUCAUCCCAAGCUCAAGCCUUCAAAAGGUGUAACAAAGAAACCACAUGUUCCUUUGAACAAUGUAUCACCUUCACUUGCUUCUUCAAACCUAGUAGGUACAAACAUUUCUUCACCAGCUAUAACAAGAACUGCACCCUGUGCAUCCGAGUCACUGAGAAAAUGUAUCGCAUCCCCCAGUACCCCGAAGGCCAAGGUUAUUCCAGCCAAGAAUUCAAGAGAUCUGCCUGAUUCUACACUUUUGCCAAGUAAGUCUUCUGGAAAAACGGAACCAAGGUAUUUGAAACACAAUCAUAUUUCUUCCAGGGAUGGUGCAGCAUUUCACUUAGCUGCACAUUUGAAUUCAUCAUCAAAGUGUCCCAAGCUACCUAAAGCAAACAUACACGCAAGGCCUAAACCUCCUCCUUCUUUCCAGUCCUCUGCAAAAAUGACAAAACCUAGUUCCAAAACCACAGCCACAAGUCCAGGAACGCGGUCUCAGCCAUCUGGUAGAGCCCCACAAGCAAAGCCAAUCCCCGCACAGAAGCUUAAAUCAGCCUUGAGUUUAAAUCAGCCAGUUUCUGUAUCCUCAGUUUCUCCUGCAAAAGCUGCACAGGAAUUGAAAGAUAAGAAUAUAGUUUCAGUUGCCAAAAAGCAGCCUCAGAAUAAAAGUACAUGUCAGAAGAAAGGACCCAGCUCCUCAAAGUCUCCCGGCCGCACCCCACUGUCCCUUGUGAGCAUUCCCCAGUCUUCUGUCAAAACACAAACUGCACCAAAGUCCGCACAGACUGCCCCUAAGGGCCAGUGUUCAGCUAAAGGAUCUUCAAAAACUAGUAAAACCCCAACUUCAACCAGGAAACCACCCUCAUCUGUUAAGGAAACAGAUAGUGGGGAUAAAAAACCUACUGCAAAGAAAAAGGAAGAUGAUGACCAUUAUUUUGUCAUGACUGGAAGUACAGACAUUUUGCAUAAAGAUCCAAGGCAGGUGUAUCUUUGUCUUCUUGAAAUUGGUCGAAUCGUGUCAAGAUACGGGGUUGAGCCACCAGUAUUAGUAAAGCUUGAGAAAGAAAUUGAGUUAGAAGAGACCUUGCUUAAUACUUCCGGGCCUGAAGAUUCUAUCAGCAUUCCAAAAUCGUGCUGUCAGCACGAAGAACUACAUGAAGCUGUUAAACAUAUCGCUGAAGACCCUCCGUGUAGUUGUUCGCAUCGAUUUUCUAUUGAGUACUUAUCGGAAGGACGGUACCGACUAGGGGAUAAAAUUCUCUUUAUAAGAAAAUUGUGUGAUCUUUCAUGUGACCUCACUGUCACUAAAUUAUGUCCCCUUCUGAGCCAUGAUUUGACACGACAACUGUAUCAGAUUCUUCCAACCACUUCCUCAUUGAACCGAUGGUCCUUAGGUUCCCGAAGCCAGAGACUUCGCGGCAGGCAGAGUGGCAAAGCCUGCCCCCACUGCCACCGGCAGGUACUGCUCUGGAUGCCAGGGCUGCCCAUGGGGCCUGGACGCAGACUGCCUUCGCCACGGCCCCUGCCUGCGACCUGCAACCUGUUUGAAAAGCAGGGAACAGGAGAUGGGUCUCCCUGA